AUGGCAGACAGACGUAGCAGUGAUUCGACACUUCCCCUCCACCACUGUCGAGGCACUACUAGACAAGGAUGGCCUUGUAGAAUAGCGAUUAGUUGCAAAAGGUGGCAUCAACAUGGCAUACGCUACUGUAUCUACCAUGAUCCGAACCGCAAUGAGCCGACCUCCCGGAACCCAACCUCCCGCGAGCCGACCUUCCGUGAGCCAACCUCCCCUGAGCCAACCGAUCCCGAGCCGACCGAUCCUGAGCAAACUGAUCCUGAGCCAACCUCUCCUGAGCCAACCUCUCCUGAGCAGACCGAUCCGGAACCAACUGAUCCUGAGACAAUCGAUCCUGAGCAAACCGAUACCGAGCCAGCCGAUCCUGAGCCAACGUUCCCUGAGCAGACCUCCCCUGAGCCGAGAGAUCAACCGUUGGUCGUCACUCACACACAAGAGCACCAACGGCCGCCUACCCAAAACCCGACUCAAAGUGAAGCUUUGAACAUCGGCAUUCCCAUAGAUGGGGUGCGGCACCAAGUCCUCCAACCCGAGCAUAUCCUAGACACACCCAACGGCAGCAGCUCCCGCGUGUCCAUCCUUUCCGACGACGACGACGACGAUGAACCUCGACACCCACCACCAUCCCAGGCUCCUGCGUCAGAAACCACCCCGCGCUCCAGGGCCGUCGUCACCCCUCUACCUGACUCUCCCCGCCUCCAAGCCGCAGCACCACCACCUCAACCGCCUCAACCGCCCCAUCGGCCACCACCACCUUCUCCUCCGCCAGCAGCAGCAGCAGCAGUAGCAGCCCUGCGCGAGGAGGAAUCUGCCCAACAGCAGCAGCAGCAGCAGCCCGAAAACACGGAGUUGCAAGAACAUCCCGGCGACGGGAAUCAUCAUCACGGCAGCCUCCUCCUCCUCAUACGAACCAUUCACGGCGGCAACCCGUCGUCGUCGUCGUCGUCGUCGUCGUCGGUUGUCAGAGGAGACGACGGUGGCGGUGCGGGAAACAGCAGCAGCAGCAGCAGCUCGCAAGAAGAGCGUCGUCGUCCUGGCAUCGAGUUGCCCAGCUCCUUCGGCAACGACAACGAAGAGAGUAGUAGUCAGCGCGAUGCGCGGUUGCAGGCGGCAAUAAGGGAGCUUGUGGCAGCUCCGCCGCCGCCUGUGUCGGUGAGAGAGGAGGAUGCGCCUGGUGGGCGCGAUGCGCAGUUGCUGGCGGCAAUUAGGGAGGUCACAGCAACACCAGCUCCUGUAUUGGCGAGGGAGGAUGCGCAUAGUGGGCGCGAUUUACAGUUGUUGGCGGCAAUUAGGGAGGUUACAGCAACUCCGCCUCCUGUGUUAGCGAGAGAGAACGCGCAUAGUGGGCGCGAUGCGCAGUUGUUGGCGGCAAUUAGGGAGGUCACAGCAACUCCGCCUUCUGUGUUGGCGAGAGAGGAGGAUGGGCAUGGAGAACGCGAUGCGCAGUUGCUGGCGACAAUAAGAGAGGUUACAGCAACUCCAGCUCCUGCAUUAGCGAAGGAGGAGGAUGGGCAUGGAGAACGCGAUGCGCAGUUGCUGGCGGCAAUAAGAGAGGUUACAGCAACUCCAGCUCCUGCAUUAGCGAAGGAGGAGGAUGGGCAUGGAGAGCGCGAUGCGAAGUUGUCGGAUGCAGUAAUGCAGGCUGUGAUGGAACAUCAGGUCAACAAAGAUGACCAGCUAGAGUAUUUGGUGUCGCGUCGCGAGAAAGUACUGUAG